UCACGUAACAGCAUGUUAUUGAUUGCCUUUCUGCCAAGACAUAUGCUCAGUAGAUAUAUAAUGAGAAGAGCAUGCUACUCACUUGUUCGAACUUAUGGUUUAUUCACUAAGAACUAUUGAAAGUAGAAUCUAGCCUUGACUAUACUCCUAGUUUCCCCCAUCCUCUCUCACUAUUCAAGAUGAAGUUCACCACCGUUUUGGGAGCUGCCCUUGUUGCCUCGGGCGUGUCUGCACAAAAGGCUGUUGUGAAGAACAACUGCAAGUCUACCGUCUAUGUCCAGUCAUAUCCUUUCGACGGUAGCAAAGCCGGAACCCUGACAACCGUUGCGCCUGGAAAGUCAUUCUCUGAGAACUUCCGUACAUCUGGCUCGACCGUCAAAAUUGCGACCACCAAGACCCUUACCAGCCCGCUAUUCUUCGGUUAUUCCUUUAGCUCGAAUCCCGAUUACGCCUAUUAUGAGCUAAGCACUGAAUUUGGCAACCCCUUCGCCAACUCUCGCAACACCUUGUCUCCAGGCGCGGGCUGCCAGCUCUUCAACUGCGCAGCCGGUCAGGCUGGCUGCUACUCCACGCCUUCGAUGAAGAAGGUAUAUGGCUGCCCACAGCCUGUCAACCUCACAGCGACCCUCUGUGCCUAAACCGAUCACUUCACGUAUAUAAUCAAACAUUUGGCGAUCACAUGGAGGCAGGAAUGAAGGAAUAUGAUUCUGAUACGGCUACUUAUAAUGUAUAACCAAAUUAUUUUUGACCUCAAUAGGCGUUAGUUAUUCGAAUGCGAAAACAAAAAGUUCGAUCGUCAGCUACGAAGAGUCAUGAAAGUCAUGCGUUUUACCAAACCGGUCAAUGAGACCUAGGCGGCCAGGACUAGCAGUCAAGUUGUAUAAAGAGCCAAAGUCAAGCCACCAAGAUCAGUAAUUAAUUGGGUAACCAAGGAAUCUUGUAGCCUCUGUAGACCAUUCGCUUGCGAAUAGCUUCAUUCUGAGCCUAGUCAUCUGUCUUUGCUAUUUCACAACAUACGAGAAUCAAUAUUGACCGUCUAAUGCUAAUGCCC